AUGAUGCAGGAAGAGGCCAAGCUGUUGUACAGACAAAAGUACACAACUGUGCGACCGAGAGGAAGGACAGAACUUCUCAAAAUGGCCUCACCACCACUCAUGGCAUCCGGGAAUGCUGUCCCAGCCCCAGUGCAAAGAAGUUAUGUCUCAAUUAAUCAUUUUUCCUGCUUUUCCACUGUUUGUUUUCUGGAAAACAUUAUAAAGAACACCAGCCUAAUCAAUCAGAAGAAGAAGCUGGAAGGUGACAUUUCCCAGAUGCAGAAUGAAGUGGAGGAAUCAAUCCAGGAGUGCCGAAAUGCAGAGGAAAAAGCUAAGAAAGCAAUCACAGAUGCAGCAAUGAUGGCUGAGGAGCUUAAAAAAGAGCAAGAUACUAGUGCUCACUUAGAGAGAAUGAAGAAGAACAUGGAACAAACCAUUAAAGAUCUCCAGAAACGAUUGGAUGAGGCAGAACAAAUAGCCCUGAAAGGUGGCAAGAAACAGAUCCAGAAACUGGAAUCCAGGGUAAGUUUGUGAUCAAAUACAGACUUG